CGUCUCCCCAUUUCUCCGAUCGAGGUGACUAGGGUUGCUUCAAAUCUUCUUCGAUAUUUUCUGCUUCUGUUCAGUCGUUGAAUGGGCUAAUUUGGAUCGGGCGGCGUCGAGUUGGGGUUCGUCGGAUCGCGAUCAAGUGUUCCUUCCCGCCGUGGGCAUCGACCAUGCCUUCGGUGUUCGCAGGGCUCCCCCCUCGCCGCGCGGUCAUGAGCCCAUCGGCUACCUCGUUCAACGGCGGUUCUUGCUCUCAUCGCCUUAAGCCACUCGAGAAAUGGAGUCGUCGCGGUAAUUUGAGUCAGUAGUGCGGUCCGCGCGUGGCACAGCGGUUGUUUUAGGGCUUCCUUCUCGUCUCCCGGUCCCUUUUCUUUGAUCCGGAAGGGUUUUCUUAGAUAACUUUGGAUAUUUUCCUUGAUUGGCUGCCAGCGGCGAAUUGUGAGUUGGAGGAGUGUUCGAUUGGCUCUGGUUUCUUAUACAUGCGAAGUAUUAAUCAACUAUGCAACGAUUAAGUGCUCUCUCGUAUUCCUGUAAAGGGGUUUGAGCAGCAAGAUGGACAGUUUCUCUCGUGGUGAUACGCUUAUUGUCGAUGCUAGUUGUGGCUUUUAUGUAUAUGGCCUUGGCUGUGAGAAGUCACAUGUAGAAAAUGAAGAGAGUGCCUGUUGGAAAAUUGAAGAUACUGUGAACAUCACAUUUCAUGGGAUCUCGAGUGUUCCUUUUGUUAGUGAAAAGGAUGUGUUAACAGUUCAAGACACUACUGUUGCUCCUGCUAUGAUAUGCCCUGUUGGUGAUCUUCAAGGGCACUUUUCUGGUUCUAAUGCAACCUCAGAUGAGGAAGUAAUUGAACUAAAGCAGACCGAAGCUUACAAAGAGUUAUGUCAUCCGGCUCCUUUCAAUUUGAAGAAACAGAAAGCCUUGGCCAAGUCUGCAACAUUUCCUUCCUCGAUAGAGGUGAAUGCUGCUGACUUGUCUAUAAAUGGUGGUUGUAGGCCAGAAACAGCUCUUCAAGACAAGUGUUCCUUCACAUCUAAUUAUCCUACCUAUGAACGUUCAGCCUCUCUUCCUGCCUCCUCCAAUCUGAUUUCUGCCAUGAAGGGAAGCCGUGCCCAGAAUGGUUCACCUCUGAAUGUGAAGUUACAUGUAAAAUGGGCUCCUGAGGUAUAUGAUCCACCGUGCACCUUGUUGUCGCACACUGUAAAGAAGAGCUAUCACCACCGGCACAAAGCAAAGAGGAAAGAUAGGAAUAAACACAAGCACAAAGGUAAGUCCACUCGGGGGAGUAAUACCGAGAGGAGAAUUGCAAAUAGGAGCAGCGUCACCAAUAUGGCUGAACCUGUGGAUACGAGGUUGCAAAUCACCAAGGACGGAUUGCAGCUGAAUGGACAUGAAAAAUCCAGCACGGAAGCCUUAGAAUAUGCAGUAUGCAAGCAAGAUACAAAGUGCCGAAGCACCGUCUUGAGGGAGGCACUUGCUAAAGUGCAUAUUUCUAUGGCAGAGGCAACAUGAGAAGUCCUCGUCAGGGGCAAUGUUUACACAAAUAUCAUGUUGAUGAUUGUAGAUAAAUAAGCACGACACAUUUACACUCAUCCAUCCGAUGGUUUCCGUUUAUCUUGCCUGUAGUGGUUGCCAUUUUGCUUGUGCUGGUUUCGUGGGCUGAGGAUGAGAACACCAUGGUAAUUUCGAGUUCCAGAAACUACAAACCUAAGAAUGUCGUGUUGUCGUUUGGUCAUGGUUGAAAGGAAAUGCUGCCGUUCAUUAUGGUACUUGAACGUUUUGUU